GGAAUGUUGGACAUGAUCUCACAAUUUGUGGCGACGGGGGCCGAUUUUGGUUUGACUGCUGACCACCAACCAUUUGGCAUUGCGGCAUUCACUGGCUCCUCUUGGUUCGAAAAUGCUGUUCUUGCAAUAUAA